AUGUCCGACAUCGAGAAGUCCCCUGAGAAGGGCCCCGCCGCGUCCGGCAACGACGAGAAGGUCGGCACGAUCCUCAAGCACGCCGACCGCAGCGAUGCCGACGAGGCCCUCAAGGUCCUCCAGGGCGAGAACGGCGAGGUCAUCGAGCUGACCGCCGAGGACGAGCGCAGGCUGCUGAGGAAGAUCGACUGGAACCUCAUGCCGCUGCUGUGCCUGGUCUACGGCCUCAACUACCUCGACAAGACCACCGUCUCGUACGCCUCCGUCAUGGGCCUGAAGCAGGACAUCGGCCUGUCCGGCCACCAGUACAGCUGGAUCGGAUCCAUGUUCUACUUCGGGUACCUGUUCUGGGAGUACCCGACCAACCGCCUGCUGCAGCGGCUGCCCCUCGGGAAAUGGAGCGCCUUCAAUGUCAUCAUGUGGGGGUUGGUCCUCUGCUGCAUGGCCGCCACCAAGAACUUUGCCGGUGCCAUGACUGUGCGGUUCUUCCUAGGUGUUUUUGAAGCUGCCGUCACCCCCGGCUUUGCUCUCUUCACGUCGCAGUGGUACACCACCAAGGAGCAAGGCGCCAGGACCGGCAUAUGGUUCUCUUUCAACGGUUGGGGCCAGAUCCUCGGUGGCUUUGUCGCAUACGGGAUUGCAGUCGGCACGGCCAAGAACCCUGUUGCCAUUGAAUCGUGGCAGCUGCUGUUCCUGGUAAUAGGACUGUUCACCGCGUUUGUUGGCGCAAUCUUCCUCUUCGUUAUGCCCGACAACCAGAUGAACGCUCGAUUCCUCACAGAGAAAGAGAAGGUCCUGGCUAUUGAGCGCAUCAGGGUGAACCAACAGGGCGUGGGUAACAAGCAUUUCAAGCUCUACCAGUUCAAGGAGGCCAUGACGGACCCAAUGGUCUGGGCUUUUGUGUUCUACAGCCUGGUCGCAGACAUACCAAACGGCGGAAUAAGCAACUUCUUCAGCCAGCUCAUCGUGUCAUUCGGCUUUACGAACGAGCAGUCCUUGCUGCUGGGAACUCCCGGUGGAGCGGUCGAGGUCAUCGCCCUCGUCGUCUGCGGUAUCCUGGGUGACCGCCUGGGAAAUCGACUCCUGGUGUGCACAUCCGGCAUGAUCCUCGCCAUUCUGGGGAUGCUGCUCAUCACCUGCCUCGACAACAACCACAGCAUCGGCCGGCUUAUCGGCUACUACCUCACGCAGGCAAGCCCCACGCCCUUCGUCGCCAUACUGUCCCUCAUCUCGACCAACGUCGCCGGCUGGACCAAGAAGACCACCGUGGCUGCUAUGUACCUGAUCGGAUACUGCGUUGGGAAUAUCAUCGGGCCGCAGGUCUUCCGCGAGAAGGAUGCGCCGCAGUACAGGCCUGCUGAGAUCACCAUCGUGGUGUGCUACGUGGUCAGCCUGUUGGAUGUUGGGUUCAUCUACUGCUGGUGCCGGUAUCAAAACAAGAAGAAGGCAGAGCUCAGGGCUCAGCCUGGGUAUGUCAAGAUAGAGGGGCAGGAGUUCUUUGAUCUGACGGACAGGGAGAACCCUGAAUUUAUCUACUCUCUGUAA